AUGGCAUCUACUUCUACAGCUGGUCGUAAACGAAAGAAUGAGGAUGAUGAUAAUAUGGGUGCUUUUCAUGAACUCGCACCAUCUGCAUCUACUUCUGCCUCAACACUUCAGCAAAAGCCGUGCUACGAUGUGUUCAUUAAUCAUCGUGGACAAGAUGUCAAACACACAUUAGCUCGCAGUAUCUAUAAUAUCCUUAAGGAGAUAAAGGUGACAGCAUUUUUAGAUUCGGAGGAGUUGGAAUAUGGCGAUUUCUUGCCUGCAACAUUAGAAGGAGCAAUGCGUAGUGCUUCUAUUCAUAUAGCAGUUUUUUCUGAGAACUAUGCAAAAUCACCUUGGUGUUUGGCAGAGCUCUCAUUUAUGCUUAAAACUGGGGCCAAAAUUAUUCCUGUGUUCUACUAUGUAGAGCCUACAGAUCUCAGAUAUGUAGCUCAAGGGAAGGGAAUCUAUGUCGAUGCUUUUGAGGAGUAUGAUAUGAAGGGUAGGUACAGCCCAGAAAAGCUUCAGGACUGGAAAACGGCCCUUCACAAUGUCUCAUUUUACGAUGGUCAAAUCAUUAAAAAUAAUGAGUGA